AUGCAGCCGCUCCCGCGCCAAUCCUCCACACAACCACCGACUCUUCAUAACCACCUCAACGCUCCCUUCGUGCCGCUCGACAUGCCCGCGCCACUCGAAAAGCUUGAUUCCGGCUCCGGAGGACCAUCGCGAAAGAAACGACGUCUGCCCUGGGACGUAGACGUACCGGCGAGCUCGAAGCGCCAACGACGUAUCGAAGCCCUUGACGCACCGCACAGCAGCCAGCCUACAGAUAAGAAACCGUUCGUCGAGGAUUGGUUGUCCAAGUCCUCGUGGUCGCGGAAACGGAAGCGGUCGGCCAAACAAUCCGACAAACAAUCCGACGAACAGUCCGACGAACGGCCAAACGAACGGCCGGACAUCAUGCCUCGCCCUGACCCUCUUCCCUCGCCGCUCGAUACUGCUACGACGUCCUCUGGAAGGUCGGCCAAGUCCACCGCAAGCGUGCGCGACCCCGAUUAUAGACGGUCUUUAGGAUACCGCAACAUCUACAUUGAGAAAAAUGACCCGCCUCCCGAGCUCAUCCAGCGAGCGCGGAAUAUCAUAUCGCUCCGCGGCAGCAUAAGGAAGAACAUACGAAAGAAUCGGGACAAGGGGGAGGAGGAUGUCAAAAUUCAGAUAGCCGCAUCUGUUAUUCCGGGCUUCAACGCAAUCCCCGAUGAGAGGCUGGAACGGAGUCCCGGUCAGCUGUGGUAUAACUCUGUUCCUAUUCCUGAUGAUCCGGAUACCCGUUUGGGACCGGCUCCCCUGCUGCUACCGAAGCCUAAACCCGAUCUCGCCUUUGGAUACUCUGAGCACGCUUUCAGUCCCUCUGAGCUUCGGACCAUCGAGCUUCUAGUACAAAGCCCCCGUGGAAAGAGCUUCGCUUCGCCCGACGGGGUGCUUCUAUUUCCGUUCCUCAUAUUCGAAAUCAAAUCGCAGGCGAAGGAGGAAUCGCUUUAUACGGGAACAAACCAAGCCGCUGGUGCUGGCGCCAUUGCUAUGAAUGGCAUUCUGAAGUUAUGGUCUCGCAGUUUUGGCCUAGAUAGUUUCGAUUUCAACGAGCCUCGGGUCUUCUCAGUAACUAUGGACCAAAGCGUCUUGUCUCUGAACGUCCACUGGAUAGGCAAUAAACCAGACACCAAUCAAAUCAGCUACAAUCUCGAUGAAGUGUCAAUAUGCCUCCUAAAAUAUAGAGAUAGCAUACAAGACCUAAAAGACGCGAUCAAGAACAUAUGCGACCAUUUCGCUAAUGAACCCCUAAAAGAAAUCCAUACUGGCCUUGCUGAGUAUCGGAAAAAACUCAUCGCAAGCAGGGACGCAGAAUCUGCGGAGAGGACUCAGGACGGCGUUGAAUUCCGUGCGCCACGUGAGCGACCGAGAGGGGACAAAACACCACGACCACCGAGCAAAAAAGCGAAACAGAAGGCAGCCGCCGGCAAGAAAGGACGUGUGGCUCACGAGGUGGAAGAAGAAACAUAUGGAAGGCGGCAGACGCGGGCGUCGACGCAGAAGGGACAAAAGCAGGUCGAUGUCCAAGCCACAGGUGUUCGCACAAGAUGGAGGGCCCUCGCCACUGAUUAA